AUGAAAAAGUAAAUCCCGCCAAGACAUCCAUCUUUCGCGCGUGCAUGACCUUGCUAAUAUCCAAUUCGCAUCUCAGGUUUAAUCUUAUCAACUGUAAACAUAAAGCGGUUUUCACACGAGGGCGGUGUUCAUCUCGGCGAUAACGUCACGAGGCAGGUCUUGCUCGAGCCCACCAAUGAGACGAGGCAGCUCGGUUCUUUUGGGGCACAUCGCAAUGAAUGGGUGUCGGUGCUUUACAAGGCAAAGGAGCGACCACAACAAGACGCGGAUAUUGAGGGGAUGCGGCAUCGGCACGCGGGAGCUGUCCACCAGCAGCACAGCAACGACACGGACGCUCGUGACAGUCAAAAGGAAGGAUCUCGUCCAGUCGCCCCGCUCUUUAGUCUGCCGCCCCCACCGCCAUCGAUAAAGGAGCGAUCCACCUCCUUACAUCACAGCCGACAUGCACAGCCCUGUCCGGACCGCGGCGUCGGGAACGGCGAGUGUCUGCCUUUGACCGGUCACGGAGAUCCGUUUCCAGGGGCCUCAUCUGCCUCUCAGUGCCAUCUGGAGUGGCUCUCACGGAGCAGUCAUUCUCCCCAGCACAGAUCUUCCGUUUCCCCGCAGCCCUCCCCAUCCGAUCUGCCGCCGCCGCCUCUGCCUUCGCGCAUUUCUAAUACGCGGGAUACGCGCCAAAAGAGUGCUAAUUACAAACAAGACAUCAUCGGAGAGGGGGGGCGUCGAGACCAAAACCAGUUGCUGCAGCAACCCUGUAAUAAUCAACAAAGAGACCCCUCCUUUGAGCCACUCUUGCCAAACUCUGGUCAAGGACAGAUAAAUGAACACGAGGAAGCUGAGAAGGAGAGGCAAUUAAUUGAGCCUCAAGCUCAGUUACUGUUGGGCAGCAGCUUGCUCGUCAACUACUGCAUCGGCGCAUCGGGGCAAGUGAGCAGAAACAAGCAGGUGCCGCUGUCGCAGCAUCAGCAUCAGCAUCAGCGGAGUGACAGAGACAGCAGCAGCGGCGGCAGCAGCAGAUACCGGGAGGGAGAAACCGCACUCUGGCAGCCGUAUCGAUGCAAGCGAGCGCUAGAGAGGAACUCGUCGGUCUCGAGUAGUGAAAACAGCAGUCCCCCGUACGGCUCCAGCAGUCAACUGUGGCCAGAGCCCCACGACAAGGAGGACAGGAAAAAUCGCGCAGGCAAACACAAGGCACAUGGUGAGCGAACAAAGCUGAGCCAUGCUGGAUCCAAGCCCUCCCUCUCCGAGAGCAGACACUCACUCCCUCAGAUAGCCAUGAACAGCUGCAAGUACAAUGGAGGAGUGGUAAGACCACUGGGCAGCCUGGCGGCGUCACGACGCAACCUAGAAGAGCAUGACUCUGAGACCCAGCCACUCCAGACUCUUCACAGCUCCGGCCUGGAAGUGGUCGUCUCCAAGGGCAGCGGCGAGGACCCCAGCAAGGCGUCCAAUGAGAGCCUGGUCCGAGAGAGUGGCAAUGCACCACAGAAAAAAAAUAAAGAUAUAGGCUACAAGUUGGGCCACAGGAGGGCACUUUUUGAGAAGCGCAAGCGGCUUAGUGACUAUGCCCUCAUAUUCGGAAUGUUUGGGAUCGUUGUCAUGGUAACAGAGACUGAACUGUCCUGGGGGGUUUACACUAAGGAAUCUUCAUAUUCAUUUGCACUGAAAUGCCUUAUCAGCCUUUCCACUGUUAUUUUGCUUGGUCUUAUAAUAAUGUACCACGCUCGGGAAAUACAGCUGUUCAUGGUGGACAAUGGGGCAGAUGACUGGAGGAUUGCCAUGACGUAUGAGCGCAUCUUCUUCAUUGUCCUGGAGCUGCUGGUGUGUGCCAUUCACCCAAUCCCAGGCCAGUACGUGUUCACAUGGACGGCCCGUUUGGCUUUUACAUACGUGCCCUCCGUGGCCGACGCCGAUGUGGACAUCAUCCUUUCUAUCCCCAUGUUCCUCCGCCUCUACCUGAUUGGCCGGGUCAUGCUCCUUCACAGCAAGCUCUUCACUGAUGCAUCCUCACGCAGUAUAGGUGCCCUCAACAAGAUCAACUUCAACACGCGCUUCGUCAUGAAGACCCUCAUGACCAUCUGUCCGGGUACCGUGCUUCUGGUCUUCAGCAUCUCCUCCUGGAUCAUCGCGGCCUGGACCGUUCGGGUCUGUGAGAGGUAUGGCACCACAGCGACUGUGACCCCGAGCUACACAGCUAUACCCCUCCCCUCCCCUCCACUCCUUCUCUCUCUCGCGCUCUUCUUCUGUCUUUUUCUGUCCUUCUCUCUGCAUCUCCCACUCACUCAUUCCCUCCAGGAGCAUCUCCAACAGCCUCACGCUGCCUGUAUGAAGAGCUUUUCUCCCAUCAGCUCUGCGAUUGCACCACAAAUCCCAGUCCAUGUUUUGUAAGCUGUAUUAGCAGUUGUUAAAUAAUUCAUGACUGCUUAAUUGUUUGUUUGCGUAAUGGUUUGUUUUGGUAAUCUUGAGGAGCCCCGAGGAUUCCCACUUCAAAAACUGCACCAUCGUGAUCUCAUCUCGUGAGGCAGAGUAGAUUUCGACAUAGUAAGGCACAUUAGGAAAUGGACAUACACAGCCUUAUUGGGCUAAAGCGGCACUGUGAUGAAUGGGUUAGAUUCAAAAGACAGUGAUUGUUAACUGAUUUAUCUGUGCGCUGUGUUUGCCAUUCAUGCCUGCAUUACCUGCUUCUCCUUACCUUUACCUCUCCAACACAUGCCUUAUACCAGAAUCAAUUUAACCACAGUUAAACAUAUAUGUAUAAACAGGGCUGUGCAGAAAGCCCCAUUCACGCUGUCAGCUACUCGCAAUGACAAACCAACCACAAGUUACUCGUUUUCAGUGAGAGUUGUUAAUCACCAGUGAUACAGCCACGUUAAUCUAUGCAAACACGAUAUGUGAUGCAGUGCGGCAACAACUAGCCUGACAGGAGAACAGCAGAGUUUCACUUGAUUCAUCUCCUGUGAGAUAGUGUAGGCAAGAUGUUAAUGUUACCAUGAGCAUUUUGAUUCAUACACUGAUAAUUGUUUGUCUUGUUCAUUGCAUGAUGCAUUUAUGAACUGCUGCAGUUCCCAACAUUUCCCUCUGCAGAAUGUUAAUUUUUAGCAGAAAGAAGACGGACAUUUUUACUGGAUAUACAUUCAUUUGUGGUGAGAUUUAAAAAAAACUAUACCCAGUUAUGCAGCCCACCAAUGAUAUGACACAGCGAAUAUUAGCUGCAAACUAUUGCCUAAAUGCUGUCAGUGUGAAUGGGGGACUAGAAAUUUAGGAUGAAUAAAUAAUAGGGCUCAGUGAAAAGUAGAUAUUUUCAGACUACUUCUGAUCCUCAUUUUAGCAAAUUUUUACAAAUUCUUUCUAGAUCUAAGCUACAACGAAGGAAGUCAUAUUUUAAAGGGGUCAUAUGAUGUGAUUUAAAAUUUUCCUUUCUCUUUGGAGUGUUACUUACUGUUCGUGAAUAGAUAAGAUCUGUAAAGUUGCAAAGACCGAAGUCUCAAAUCCAAAGAGAUAUUCUUUAUUAAAGUUACCUACAAUGGCUCAUUUUAACACACCCCUACAUGUCUAUGUCACGAUGUGGGAAGAUUUGCAUAACGGCGGCCAAAUGUUCACACAAAGAAAGAAGGCGUAACAUUUAUUCUCUCUGUUGCCGCCAGCACCAUGUCAUGGAGACUGUAUUCCUGUGUGAGAGUGAAACUGCUUUAUUUGGUCUUUCAAAAGAGGACACGACUAGAAGUCAGUGGUUAAGUUAUAUUUACAACAGAACAGUUCAACACAAGAAUUCAGAUAUAUGCAGUGCAUUUGACAAAGGACUGUUUCCUGAUCCCUAGAGAGUAGACUACAAUGUCGGCUGUUCUGACUAAGUCUGUAAGUACGUUUACAUAUGUAAAAAAUGCAUAAAAAGAAAGUAUAAGUCAGCGGUUCUCACUUCCAGUCCUCACGCCCCCCUGCUCUGCACAUUUUGUAUGUAUAUCUUAUCGCUCCAGCAGAUUUCCCCUGCUCAGAGUCAGGAAGUGGGAAGCAAUGAACACUAUGUACCAACUUGAGUCUACAUGUAAACCUUGUGUGUCUUGACAGUAUUAGCACAAAAGAUAACUUGGUUCAAUAAUCAGGUGCUGUUUGACAGGUUUUAGCGCACGCUUGGCAUGUAUGCGGCACUCAGAAAAAGCACAGGCCAGACCAGCGCAUGAAUGAAACAUUUAAAAGCACAUGCAAAAAAUGAGAGAGUAACUCUACUGCAGAGAUAACACUGCUGUGAAUGUAUGUGGGGUUUUACAGUAUAUGACGAGGGCACCAGAAGUGCAGCUGAUAGAAUGUACAUGCAAAAUGCAAAAUAUGCAGAGCUGGGGGGUGUGAGGUCUGGAAUUGAGAACCGCUGGUAUUGUCAUUAUAAUCCGUAAUUGUGUCCCCACUGGAUGCAACAAAUGUCUAAUGUGUUUUAAUAUUUUUGUGUUGGCGCUCCGGGACACACAGCAUCACAGUAUAGGAAGGGGCGUGACAUUUCUGUCAGACGCUUGAGGUAUUCAGCCAAUCACAACACACUGGAUAGGUAGCCAAUCAGAGCACACCUCGCUUUUCAGAACGAUGAGCAUUAUAAAAAUCCACACAUUUCAGAAAGAUCGCUCAUAGGGGAGCAACAAUACAGUAUGUGGAAAAUAAUAUUUUAAAAACUUAAACCCAUUUCAUUACACCAAAUACACAAAAUAAUGUUUUUUUUAGCAACAUCAUAUGACCUCUUUAAAGGAGACUCUGAAACAUUAAAAAUGUGUGUAUCAUGAAUUGAACUGCAACAAUCUACAGCACAAAUAGUGUAGUCCGAUUCACAGACUAUUUUUUUUAGUUAAUCAAAAACAUUAUAAGCAGUAUAAUCUGAUUUAUGAACAAAUGUUUUCAUACUCUUAGCUUACAGAUAAAUAUAAUUUAUAUUAUAAAUAUAUAGAUAUAUUGAACAGAAUGAAAAAGUAAAAAAUAAAAUCUAAAAUCUAAAUCUAAUUGGGAAAUAUGUAUUAACACCCAGCCCUAAAAUAUAACAGUUGUCUCUUUCCAUCUAAACUCUUAAAAAUAAAGGUCCCAAAAGGUUUUUUUUUUAAAUGAUGCCAUAGUGGAACAAUUUGGGGAACAUUUCUAUGAACAGUUCUUUAAAAAAAUCUUUUUUUUAUUUGUGUUAAGAAUAUUUUACUAAUCUGAAGACCAUGUUCCACUGGCAAUGGAAAGGUCCCAUGAAUGUUAAAUGUUCUAGAUAAGGCAGUCAUUUCAAGUAAACAACCUUUGUUUUUAAGAGUGUAAGGCAAACAAAAGAAAUGCUUUGCCAAAGAAAAGAUAUGACAAGAAGAGGUGUUAGUAACUUUCAUCUCUGUGGCAGAAAGACGGUUCACUUCUUAAAGGUUGUUCACAAAAGCAGCAGUCUCUGGCAAUAUUUCAUGUUUAUAAGAGACUGAACAGGCACUAAUGAAGAGUUUGGAGUUGUAAACGCGGUGAAGGUUUUGUUGUUACACCAUACCACUUCCCAGCACUCUGCACCCCAGUCUCAUCGGCUGCAAUGCACGACACGAUGCUGCCCACACUCUGGUUUUUUCUUGCGUGAGUAAUUUACGUUGCAUAUGCGUGCCUGUAUCAACGCAUGGGAGGAGGUUUCGAUUGCGUGUGUGUUAUAAUUCACUGUUGUACUUUCUAUUUCCCCUCUAUGCUGCUCCAUAGGGAUGCCAUGUGAGUCCUCGUUCUCUAGCCGUGGAAAACCUAUCAUUGUUCAUUGAGCUGGUGCCACUGCUGCUCUAAGAAGGGGGAGGGGCGGGAUUUGGCAGCUCUGAGCAAAAAAAAUAAAAACUCCAAUAGAUAAAUAUAUUGAUAAAAACAAGGGAAAAAACCAUGUGUGAAUGUGGCACCAUCCGCAAAAGAGAAGUUUGUUGAUAGCAAAUGCACUAAUGGUUUCGAAAGCUAUGAUUUGUGCAGCGCUGUGAAUCAAGCGUCUCUUUCUAAAGUGCUCAGGAGUAGGAGGGAGGUGGAGGAGGAGGGAGUUUGUGUUAAAAUGGAGCAGCUCCUUCAAAUCACCUUUACAAACAGGCCUGGGGGCAACUCUCUUGUUCCCCGAUUAUUCCUUUAGCAGCUGUUAUUGAACUGUAAUAUGCCCCCCCCCCCCCAACACAAAAUAACUACAGGAGUACCUGUGAAACAAACCUUUAUAUUUUACCUGAUACAGUGAUUUCUUUGCAUCUUAGUAGUAUUCAAAUGUAGACUGGCGUAACGGCCAUGGUCAUGUGUUUGUUCGCAUGUUUAUUUAAUUUAAACCUUGUCGGUUACCUCUGGGAAAAAUGUGUGUAAGCAGCUGAACAACACUUGGCCCCUUCUAGAUGACAAUUUGACCACAAAAAGGUGGAAUGUUGCUGUCUAUUCUAGCACAGUCUCCUCCGACACGAGAGAAAGCAAGGGUUUGGGAUGCUAGAUUACUGGGUGCCCACUUCUGGUAAACUAUGAAACAGCAUGGUAGUCUUCAUGUUUACUGCUUUGUCGUCAUUCAAAAGAGGCGCUCGUUUCUCCAAAGUGCUGCUAAAUUGGGCCUUUUACUGCAUUAUUUUCUUUUCUCUAAGCACACUGGCCAGCCCAAAAGGCAGAACGGUGUGAGACUGGACGAGCACGGAGUCCGUCUGGAAUGGGAGGGACGGGGAAAAUGAAGGAAGGGCUGGGACAUUGGAGGAACAUUGCUGCUAUUUGCACCGUUGGCUUAUCAUUCACACUUUUAAUUUAUGUACCUCCUGUUCAUCGCUUCACAUCUCUUGUUCUUGCCCCCUCCCUGCCCACUUUUCCUUUAAUAUUUUGCAUGACUCAGGCAGUUUCCUUCUCUUAGGCCCUUUCCCCAAAUGUACGUAUUAUUUCAUGCAUCAUUCCAUCUUCAUGUCCUUCUCAAACACUUUUUCAUGUAGCUGAAAGUCUGAUAACAGAAAAGCAAGAUAUGAUUCGCUAGGAAUAGAGCAUUCGCAGGCUAUCGAGAAGGUACAGUAUAGUACAAUACCUUCCAUUUUGUCAAGAUACUUUACUGUAUCUCCAUGUAUGUUGUCUACACAGUUACUGGAGUGUUGUUUUAAGGAUGGAAAUCAGAAGAUGAAUAAACACCAGCUCGUAACAGCAUAUGCUCAAUUAAAGACCUGCUAGAAGGACUGUUUUUACAAAACAUGUCCUGAUGACUGAGUUUUACUUGUGCCCAAAGCAUGUUACCUUCCUCCAGAGAACUGGAAUAUUGUGUCUGAACCUUGUCUGGUUUUGUUGUCACACUGAAGCCUCUAACAUGCAGUGUGAGCUGAAAAUAAAGUCAACUAUAUAAGGGAAUGGGGAGAUAAAAUAUGGGAAUAUAUGUGGUGGCACUGCCACUGUGCAACACUUUUAGUUAACAUUAGGGAUGCACAAUAUAUCACUACAAUAUCGGCUAUCAACCAAUGUUAGUACUUUUUAAAAUGUAUUUGUAUCAGGCUAUACUUAUAUGUAUUUGUGCAUACUUCCCUUUUUUAUAUGUUUAGAUUGUGCAAUAUAUAUAUCGGUA